AUGACAGAAAUUAAGGCACCGGCGGCUACUAAGCAGGCUAAAGCUUUGUUGGCUUUGAACCCGAAAGAGGAGGCUGAAUUCAAGAAGAAAGUCCAGGAGGUGAAGAAGCGACCCAACAAGGUUGGUUUGCCCAAAUUGCACGCGACAGUGCCACUGGCCUAAAAUCCACAUCAUGCACGUGGGACCAAGCUCUAUACAUGUUAUUCUAGACAAUAUAUGUGUUAGUUUAUCCAACCACAUUGUUUCUAUAAGAGAUGUGAUUUCCUCAUUAGCCUGGUAGCUAGCUAACAGUAGCUAACUCCUGGCUAGCUAACUAAACUAGUUAAACAUCACCCAAAGUUCACUCGCGAGACUUCCGGGAACGCUUGCGAAGCAGUCCGGGGUUUGGGGUUUGAGAUGUAAAUGAGAGAAGUAAAACAUUCUUCCUUAGUUGUUAAUUUUCUUGAAAUCUAAAGGCACAACCUAAAUUCGAGACUGUCUUAACAUUUACAUUUUAGUCAUUUAGCAGACUCUCUUAUCCAGAGCGACUUACAGUUAGUGAGUGAAUACAUUAUUCGUUUAUUUUGCUAAAAAACAUUUCAUACAAUUUUUCAUACCCCCGUGGGAAUCGAACCCACAACCCUGGAGUUGCAAACGCCAUGCUCUACCAACUGAGCUACAUCCCUGCCGGCCAUUCCCUCCCCUACCCUAGACGACGCUGGGCCAAUUGUGCGCUGCCCCAUGGGUCUCCCGGUCACGGCCGGCUACGACAGAACCUGGAUUCGAACCAGGAUCUCUAGUGGCACAGCUAGCACUGCGAUGCAGGGAGGUCUGAACGAACAUGUUUAUUACACCAACCUCGUGAAAGUGACAAACUGACACGUUUUCGUCAAAAACUACUUUAUAUAAUUUGGAAGUCGCUCUGGAUAAUUUGUAAGUCGCUCUGGAUAAGAGCGUCUGCUAAAUGAUGUAAAUGUAAUAUAAGGAGUGCCUUUGACUUGAAGGCAUGCGCAGUUCGGCGCGAGGCGACCACUAGACCUGAUGACGUGUUUCUGCACAUGAGCUUAGCUAACCAAUGUCGCCAUGACAUCGCCUACAAGCGUGAUCAGGGAUUUCUAUAGGAGAAGCAGUUUUAGCCUAUCUUCAUACUGUACUGUCUGGCUCACGCUCUGUGGCGUCGCCAGAAUGCAGAUGUUUCAGGGAUACAGUAUUUUCAACCUAACUUCUGUUUCCCCUGAAAAACGGUUGUGGAGACUCCGCUCAUAUGUAUUUUUACGCCUGCUACGUUAGGUUACCCAACAUUCCAAAUCAAAUGUUAUUUGCCACAUGCGCCGAAUACAACAGGUGUAGACAUUACCGUGAAAUGCUUACUUACAGCCCUUAACCAACAAUGCAUUUUAUUUUUAAUAAAACGUUUAAAAAAACAACAACAAAAUUUUUUUGAGAAAAAUAGGGCAGAAGUAAAAUUAAAUAACAGUAGGGAGGCUAUAUACACUGGGGUACAGGUGCAGAGUCAAUGUGCGGGGGCACCGGCUAGUUGAGGUAAUAUGUACAUGUGGGUAGAGUUAAAGUGACUAUGCAUAAAUAAUAAACAGAGUAGCAGCAGCGUAAAAAUAUGGGAUGGGGGGGGCAGUGCAAAUAGUCCAGGUAGCCAUGAUUAGCUGUUCAGGAAUCUUAUGGCUUGGGAGUAGAAGCUGUUGAGAAGCCUUCUGGACCUAAACAUGGCGCUCCAGUACCCCUUGUCGUGCGGUAGCAGAGAGAACAGUUAAUGACUAGGGUGGCUGGAGUCUUUGACAAUUUUGAGGGCCUUCCUCUGACACUGCCUGGUAUAGAGGUCCUGGAUGGCAGGAAGCUUGGCCCCAGUGAUGUACUGGGCCGUACGCACUACCCUCUGUAGUGCCUUGCGGUCGGAGGCCGAGCUGUUGCCAUACCGGGCGGUGAUGCAACCAGUCAGGAUGCUCUCGAUGGUGCAGCUGUAGAACUUUUUGAGGAUCUGAGGACCCAUGCCAAAUCUUUUCAGUCUCCUGAGGGGGAAUAGGCUUUGUCGUGCCCUCUUCACGACAGUCUUGGUGGACCAUGAUAGUUUGUUGGUGAUGUGGACACCAAGGAACUUGAAGCUCUCGACCUGUUCCACUACAGCCCUGUCGAUGAGAAUGGGGGCGUGCUCAGUCCUCUUUUUUUUUCCUGUAGUCCACAAUCAUCUCCUUUGUCUUGGUCACGUUGAGGGAGAGGUUGUUAUCCUGGCACCACACGGCCAGGUCUCUGACCUCCUCCCUAUAGGCUGUCUCAUCGUUGUCGGUGAUCAGGCCUACCACUGUUGUGUCGUCUGCAAACUUAAUGAUGGUGUUGGCGUCGUGCCUGGCCAUGCAGUCAUGGGUGAACAGGGAGUACAGGAGGGGACUGCGCACACACCCCUGAGGGGCCCCUGUGUUGAGGAUCAGCGUGGCAGAUGUGUUGUUACGUACCCUUACCACCUGGGGACGGGCCAUCAUGAAGUCCAGGAUCCAGUUGUAGAGGGAGGUGUUUAGUCCCAGGAUCCUUAGCUUAGUGAUGAGGGCACUAUGGUGUUGAAUGCUGAGCUGUAGUCAAUUAAUAGCAUUCUCACGUAGGUUUUCCUCUUGUCCAGAUGGGAAAGGGCAGUGUGGAGUGCAAUAGAGAUUGCAUCAUCUGUGGAUCUGUUGGGGCGGUAUGCAAAUUGGAGUGGGUCUAGGGUUUCUGGGAUAAUGGUGUUGUGAGCCAUGACCAGCCUUUCAAAGCACUUCAUGGCUACAGACGUCAGUGCUACAGGUCGGUAGUCAUUUAGGCAGGUUAUCUUAGUGUCCUUGGGCACAGGGACUAUGGUGUUGCCUGUAAUCCAUGGCUUCUGGUUGGGGUAUGUACGUACGGUCACUGUGGGGACGACGUCAUCGAUGCACUUAUUGAUGAAGCCGGUGACUGAUGUGGUGUACUCCUCAAUGCUAUCUGAAGAAUCCCGGAACAUGUUCCAGUCUGUUCUAGCAAAACAGUCCUGUAGCUUAGCAUCUGCGUCAUCUGACCACUUUUCUUAUUAACCCAGUCACUGGUGCUUCCUGCUUUAGUUUUUGCUUAUAAGCAGGAAUCAGGAGGAUAGAGUUAUGGUCAGAUUUGCCAAAUGGAGGGCGAGGGAGAGCUUUGUAUGUGUCUCUGUGUGUGGAGUAAAGGUGGUCUAGAGUUUUUUUCCCUCUGGUUGCACAUUUAAUAUGCUGGUAAGUUUCCCUGCAUUAAAAUCCCUGGCCACUAGGAGCGCUGCCUCUGGAUGAGUGUUUUCCUGUUUACUUAUGGCCUUAUACAGCUCAUUGAGUGCAAUCUUAAUGCCAGCAUUGGUUUGUGGUGGUAAAUAGACAGCUAUGAAAAAUAUAGAUGAAAACUCUGUUGGUAAAUAGUGUGGUCUACAGCUUAUCAUAAGAUACUCUACCUCAGGUGAGCAAAACCUCGAGACUUCCUUUGAGUGAUAGCAUUGAUCUAACUUAAUGGUAGUAUUUAUUUAUUUAUUUAGUUAGUUAGCUAACUACUACCCAGCAGGUCCGACCCGGUUGCUUACAACUGCACUAGGAUCGGAUAGCAUUCCUGUGUAUUCAUGGUUUGCAUGUUUCGUCACAAUAUUGUUUUGAAUGUUCGUUAAGGACAUCCCUGACUGAGCAUUCUACUCCAUGCAUUGUCAAUGAGCGCUGAUGAAGAUUUCAUCAAAAGUGCAUUACUGUGGCUUGGAAAUACAAUGAUAUUCAAAAUGAGGCACAUAACUAGUAGGGAAACCUUUUGUCAUCAUUUUGAUGUCGCCAGAUUGACUUAAGAUGCAGUAUAACAGUAGCUAGCUAGCUAAGACUGAGGGGUGGCUUCCGGAUUUCAGCUAGCUAACGUUAGCAUUGCUAGCUUUUUUUGACUAACUUUUCUAGCUGAUGACAACAUUUCCAUCUGUCUAAAGUAAAUUUGAUGACAAUGGUGGCAAAGUUAUUUCCUACUAAAUAUUUGACUACUUUAACAAUGUCAUUGUAUUUCCAGGCACUAUAGUGUAAUUUAGACAACAGUAGUUAGCCUCCAGCCAGAAUGGCUGGGUUUAUCACCACUUUAGGGCACCACUAUGGCACCACCGGUAAAGGGCAGCUUGAGAACGUUCUUAACAAUGGCAUGAGGUGACAGAGGUGCAACCUAAGAAUAUUAAUCCUUAAGUCUAUUGAUGCACCCAUGCAACAAUCUAAUUAACAUGAUUUAAAAAAUCGCCAUCAAAAUCCGACAAUUUAAGAUGGAUCUUUUUUUGCAUGGGCUGCGUCUCAAUCCACUGCAUCCACCUAUGUCUGCCUUCGGCAUCUGCAGUGGAAAGUGAAGUCGGUACAGCCGAUGUGCCAACUUCUGUCUGAACCGUUUGGGCUAUAAACUAAUAUGAUCUGCUCUACAACCCCCACAAGUGUCACAAGACUCAUCUGAUAGUAACCCAUACAAAUUAAUGGAAGUUUUGAGGUAGUUUUGUGCGACCCCCGCGGAGAGGCUAUAGCACAUCCCUUGUGGAAACAAUGUGGUUGGAUAAACUAACAAAUCUAUUGUAGGAAUACGGCAGUAUACUUAAACUAGCAGUCGUUCAAUUUAUUCGGUUUAACAGUUGGGGGAUAAUGAGACAAUUAGUAGUAUUCUCAUCCCUGGAUUGAGGUACGUUUUCCGAGCCAUAUCUCAUGCCGGAUCCGCUCUAGUGCAGCUGUAAGCAAGCGGGAUCUGCUGGCUAGCUAACUACAUUUUACAUAAUGUUCUGCCUUACCCAUAUUUCCUCUUUUUUUACAGGGACAACAAAGUCCAGGUGUGAUUUAUGUUGGCCAUCUUCCCACUGGGUUGUUCGAGCCUCAGCUCAAAUCCUACUUUGAAUAGUUUGGAAAAGUUGUCAGGUUACGACUGGCCAGGAGUAAAAAGGUACAAAAAUUGAAAUCCAUUAUCUUGAAAAUGUAAGAAUGGGAUGUGUUGUGUGAUGCUCAGGUGUGAAGAAUGGCACCGUCUGAAAAUUACCUCAGAUGUACCAGUUGUCUGUGGUGAGAGAACUGUGCUGACAGUAUUGUGGUACGUUAAGCUUAUUGCCUGCUUUGUAUAGCAGUGUGAUUAAACCAAUGUCCCCACAUUAGUGUCGUGACGUGACUUACUUUAAUGUAUGACUUAUUUAUCGAAUCACCUAACUAUGUUUAAUUGUCACUCGAUUCAAUUAAUAAUGUAACAAUUAACUCAUUAGGAAUUUGGGGCACCACGGAUAAGUCGUUUAACGAGUUACCAUCUCCCGAAUUAAACUCUUAGAAGAUAAAUGUUUUAUAUCGAUAAGUCACUUAUUAAAUAAUUACCUCUUAUCAGUCUCAUUCUGAGCGUCGCAUAAUCCUUGAACCUGCAAGAACCCUAACCUUAUUGAUGAAUCAGCAAUACACAAAUAGGCUUAAUUAUUUAUUUACUAACUAAAUAAUAACACAAUACAAACACACACACAGGUUAUUGAUAACUAACGUAAUACAAUGAAAACAGGUCCCUAGUGGACUGGACUAACAAUAGCAUGAAUGCUUGGGUAGAAGGAGGGUCAGAGUGGAAGGGAGAGACACAGAUUCAAACGAUUGUGGUUACUUUGUAAACUACGCUACACGGAAAUACAAAUGCUGAAAACCCCACUAAACGCUCAUUCGGAUUAGAAACGCAACAUGUAUUUACGUGUAGCGGUCAUCGAUAGUUGAGUUGAUGAUGUAGGACUCUGGUUUGCCCGCCAGAGAUCCCAAUGUACUUUGUAGAGUUUCUGGUCGUAGUGGUGGUUAGAAUGGAUACUUCAGAUGUACCAGUGGUUGUCUGAGAGGGAUUGUCCUCUCGUGUCUUUAGUGAAAGUUCUCUAGACGACUAUACAUGCCAGCUGCAGACUGAAAUAAGGUCUAGUGCAUUGUCUUCUUCUUCACCUUGUGUAGAGGUUGAGAGUUUGAGUUUCUCAAUUUAAAACGUGUGAACUAACAUCUCACGUUUUCUGGUCUAACCAUUUUGUAACGUGUAGCUUCAGCUUCACGCUUCUUGGUCUUGUAGAAAUUCAACCAUUUGCAACAUUUGGCUUAUACCGUAGUAUGCUUGGUCUUCCUUUGGUAAUGGAGUUGUAGUUUUAAACCAUUUUGUAACGUGUAGCUUCAGCUUCAUGCUUCUUGGUCUUGUAGAAAUUCAACCAUUUGCAACAUCCGGCUUAUACCGUAGUAUGCUUGGUCUUCCUUUGGUAACGGAGUUGUAGUUUUAAACAAUUUUGUAACGUUUAGCUCACGCUUCACGUCUGCUGGUCUGAGGUUAAUUUCGUCACAAGGCUUAUUAUGCACUCGGGGUGUUUGUGCUCAUCUGGGUGUGGCCACUGACUGAGAACAAAUCAAUAUGGAAAACAAUGAUUUCAUCUAGAAUGCUAAAAUCACAUUGUUAUCGUCACAAAAGUAUUAUUAUACUUAAUCAUUCGUUUUAUACAACAAUUAGAUGCAAACCUCGUAACUGUGAAGUGUAUCCCCCCAGAUAUAGUUAUGAUGUUCCAUCAUCUUUAAUGACAUCACAACAUAGUAACAAAUUUGACAUGAUUGUUCUUUAAGUCCCCACCAACCAUUUCCCACAUUAUUUUAAGUAGUAAUAUUGUUUCAUUAUCCACUUUUGGAUGUUGGAGUCUUGGCGGGAAGACUUCCUUUGUUAACAAAGGGGUCCUUUCUCCCAAUACUUCAUGGCAAGGAAGAGAAAGUCUGCACGGUAUUUACGACCGGUCAUAAAACUGGCCCCCAGGAAAGGGGGUGUUCAAACCUUUGCCCAGCCGGCAUGUUUAAUCCUCAACCCAUGAGGGCAAGUCAUGACAACAGCCAUUGACUCAUGGAAACAGCCAUGCGCCAAUCAGAUGUGGAUACCAUUGUUAGAGUUCAUAUUGGGAGGUGAUACAGGCUAAAUUAUUUGAUGUUAUACCACAGCAUUGUUGAAUACAAGUUUCUGAUUGGCUAGAAUGGGCAUUUAAACCAGAUAUUGGGACAGUUGGAUGUCCUGAUUUAGAGAACGACAGAUAUGGAUUUUUUUAAGGCUGAUGCCGAUACCGAUUUUUGGGGGUCAAGGAGGCCGAUGGACGAUAUUUAAUAUUAAAUUGGAAGAAUUGACCAAAUUUCCCAACAUCCAUGUAUGCAUUAAUGCAUCAGUUUUAAAAUCAAACAAAUGUGACUUUGUUUUUACCAAUCUAACUGUGUAACAUAAUGGUAAUGAUUUUAUUUGAAUGGUAAAUCUCUUAAUAAACUGGGUAAAUUAAGAUGGCAUAGGCCUACUCACAAUACAGGUGAAUGCAUAUUCAAUAGGAGUGUGUGCAUACAUUGAGUCAUUGAGCUUGUUUUGGCUGAUCAGUGGAGUCUAUGGUGCUACAGAUGACAAACAAUCUGUUUGCCUUCCAUUUGGGGCUUCUAUUAGCCUACUGAUUAACAACAUUUGCAAAGAAGAGUCACUCCAGCAUGUCACGCGUGUACGCCUGUAUGGAAUGACAUCAUAUAGGCACUAUCUGUCAAGAAAUGGGUGGGUUGUAACUUGAUCCUACUGCUACGAUUGGAUAGAGCGAGGAUUUAACUCCGCCCCCUUUAACGUCUCCUCAUCGCUCAUAUCACUUGCUGCUGUUUACUGCUACUAUGAGAACUAGCUCAAUGACGAUGACAUUUGCUACGAAGCCAUACAUAUGCAUAAUAUCUAACAAGGAGAGCGAGGGUAGGAAAAAAGAUGAAACGACGAUGCACCUUCUGUCUGAAUGACUCAAAUCUGCCCAUAGUUUGAGAAGUUAGAACGCACACUGCUCUACAGCUUUCUUGGUACAUAAACAUGCAGGAAGAUUCUUAGGUAGCUAAACCUAUUGGCAACCUUUAUUUAGGCGUUUUAAAACAUUUCCUUCUUUAACUAUUACGACAAUCAUCUAAUCCGAAUAUCAACUAGAUUUAUGGAUACGAUUGUGGCUGGUCAGAUCAGCACACCAGUAAACUAGCAAGUCAGAUGGCUCGUUGCUGAAAAUGGUGCAUGUUCAAAAUCAAAACCAGCUAAUGUUAGCUAGCUACGUUGGCUAUUAGCACCUAUCUGAUAUCUUAGAACCAUGCUUAUCUAGGCAGCUAGCUAGCAUAGUAGCUAAUAUAGCUAGCUACCUAACACCACAGUUAGUUAGCUAUGUGACCCAUUAACAAAGAUUACGCUAUCUUCUUAGGUAGCUUGCGUAUUGCAUGCAUGUCUGGGCACAUCGACAGAAGCCUUAUUAUUAGUCAAUUAACUAAACGAAUAUUUGUAACAGGAGUUUGAUAUGUCAAUUAAUCAAUUUCUCAAUACUGCACCUUUCUGUUGGAGAAUGAGCUAGCUUGCUGCUGCUGAUUUUCCCUGCAAGACAUUUCUCUGCAUUUUGCAGUGCUCGUGGCUCAGGUGGUGAGUGGUGGCUGGCAUAGCAGUAGCUUUGCUAUGUAGAGGGACUAUCGGCAAAGCUGAUAGAGAAGGGCCAAUAGACUAGAAAAUGCCAAUAUCAGCCCGAUUUAUAUCGGCUCGGCCGAUUAUCGGUCGUUCUCUGGUCCUGAUAUCUGAAUAUAACGGGACACCUAAUCAUAAUGCAAUAUAAAGCACUGCAUACAGACCAUACUUGUUACAAAAAGCUAAACCAACAACCACACAAACUGAAAUUGGAUACAUUGGAACUCCGGUCCAACAAGGAAAGACUUAGCUAACUGAUUUGUUUUUGAAGAGACUUAUUUAUCCGGUCCUUCAAUGUUGCAGUCAUGUCGCAAGUGGUGAUCUGCUGUCAAAUCCUCCUACAUGUUCCUAGUUUGACCAGCUGUUUUCAGCAACUGAUAUUUUUUUUGAUUUGGUUGUUAUAUUGUCAGGUUUGCUAACAAAAACUAUUUAGUUAGCUUCUAGCCUAGUGUCUCUAGCAACCAAAAUAUGCUUUAAAAAAAUAGAAUUUCUACUGGUAAAUGUGUGCUUUAGUAUUGUUUUCUUUGUCAACUCUGGUAUAAGCUGGAUAAACGCCUCCGUUUUGUACAUUACCUUAGAAAAAUGAACUCCGCAAAGGGACUCGGCGCUGCGUCGUCCAUUAUUUCCAAGGUAAUGCUUAGAACGUUGGCGUUUAACCCUUACAUAACAACAUUCUCCUCUCACAGACAGGUGGAAGCAAAGGCUAUGUAUUUGUGGAGUUCGACUAUGAUGAUGUCGCCCAGAUCGUUGCUGAGACCAUGAACAACUACCUGAUGGGCGAAAGACUGAUCAAAUGUAAGUUAGGGACUAUGUUAUUAUUAAUAAUGAGAAAUACCUGGAGAAAGUCGGACCUCUCUGAAAUGAAAAUGGAUGGCCCUCCCUUCUGCAUUUUUUUUUUUUAAGAAGCAUUUGACUCGCAUCCUGAAGUGCCACUGUAAACAGCAGUCAUUGGUUAGGCAGCACAAAAGGGUUUACAUCAGCAAGAGCAGUACAGGCUGGGGCUCAUGAUUGAGAACGCCUAUCUAUUGCAUUUUAUAAUGCAGUUUAGCCUAGUUUUAUAUUCACCAUCCCAGCAGCACAAAAACUCGAAGGAAGUACAUUUUCUUAGAAAUAUAACUUUGCCCAUGCAUGCUCUUCGUAUAGCCUAAGCCUAUUGCCUAUAGUUUAGGCUAUGGGGAAUUUUUUAAAGACCACACUAGGCACACUUGAUAUAGCGUGCCCAGCAGAGAAUCAGGGAUGAGGGCACACAUCGAGAUACUAUAAUAAGCAACAAAUUCUCAAACCCUGAGCAAUAUGACAUUUAAUCAAUUACAAAUUACAUGACCCGCCCCUGGACUAAAUUAAAAAAUACUAAACCCUCCCCCUGACUGAAAUUGAAAAAGCAUGACCCGCCCCCAUUUUCCUCAGGGUAACAAUUAUGCACACUUCGACCGCUCCCUUAUCUGAAGAAAUAAGCCACCUUUUCACUCAUUUAAACCUAGAAUCAUAUGUUCAGGUUUAACAUUUGCCCCUAGCUCUUGAUGUCUUGUAGUGUGUGUGCAUGCAUGUUGUGGGAGGAGAGCAGCAGACACAUUUCCGUUUCACCAGAGCUGGACUAAUAAAGUUCUAUUGCAUUCUCCAGGUCAUCUGGUUCCUGCUGAGAAGGUGCAUGAGAAGCUGUUUGUGGGAUCACAGAGAGCAUUUAAGAAGCCCAUGCAGCCUGCUGUGGCUCGCUACAACAAGAGACACACACCAGAGGAGGUCAAGGAGAUGACCGGACGACUACUACAUAAAGAGUCCAAGCUCCGCAAAAGGCUGUCAGAGAAGGGAAUAGACUAUGACUUCCCAGGGUUUGUAAGUGUUGAAUUUGAAUCAUCAUCGGUUCAAUAUAUAUUUAUUUUUAGUAUAUUCCUGACUUUUUAAACAAUUUGAAUGUAUUGAAUUUUAACUUGCAUUAUUUUCUUGUAGCAUAAUUGUAAACUCUCUUUUUGAAGGCUUCUCAAGUGCCACAGAAGAAAAUGUUAGAUGACACUGUGAAUGAAUCCACGUGUAGUGAGGUAAGGACAAUUCAUCUGAACUAGGCAACACUUUUGUAAAUGCCUACAUCAAAGUACAAGAUUGUAUUUUUGCUGCAUAUAGCUAUGAUUUUGGCACAGUCUGAAAAUCUGGCGGCAGGUAGCUUAGUGGUUAAGAGCGUUGUGCCAGUAACCGAAAGGUCGCUGGUUCUAUUCCCCGAGCCGACUAGGUGAAAAAUCUGUCGAUGUGCCCUUGAGCAAGGCACUUAACCCUAAUUGCUCCUGUAAGUUGCUCUGGAUAAGAGCGUCUGCUAAAUGACUAAAAUGUAAAUGUAAAAUUACCUUUGAUGUACCAGUUGUCUGGGGUGAGAUAACUGUGCCGACAGUAUUGUGGUAUGUUAAGCUUAUUGCCUGCUCUGUAUAGCAAGGUGAUUAAACCCAUGUGCCCACAUUCACUAAGCAAAGUAAAGUAUUCUUGCACUCCGUAAGAAUUAACAUCAAAUCAAUCAAAUUUUAUGUGCCACAUGCGCCGAAUACAACAGGUGUAGACAUUACCGUGAAAUGCUUACUUACAGCCCUUAACCAACAAUGCAUUUAUUUCUUAAUAAAAAAGUAAAAUAAAACAACAACCAAAAAGUGUUGAGAGAUAAAAAGAGCAGAAGUAAAAUAAAAUAACAGUAGGGAGGCUAUAUACAGGGGGCACCGGCUAGUUGAGGUAGCUCCUCACUUCCUUCUAGGAAGGACUCCUCCGUCUCCUCUUCCUCAGAGGAUAAAUCUUCGUCUGACUCUGCUCCUUCUUCAUGUUUGCCUUUAGAAUUUUUUUAGGGCGGGGAAUCAUUGGAGAUGCUAAUAGCGAAAUGGAAAACGUUGUUUCUCUGUGUUGUAAGGUUCUCUGUGUUAAUGAUGUCUGUUUCUCCUCAGGAUGUGACUCCAGUGUGCACCCCCUCAGUCCUGGACAAGAGGAGGUCCAUGAAGAUCAACGAUGAUGACAGCGAUGACGAAAUCAUCAUCAAGAAUACCCCCGCCCUAAAAAAAGUCUAA